AGUGCUGUUACUCAUUGCAGUCGCAGGGCUCUGGAGGGAAUGUCGAGGCAUAGCUGUGAUGCCAGUCACGAAGUGGCUGGGGAAAGGGAGACUGUGUGUGUGGGGGUGGGGGUCUGUGCACAUGUGUGUGCUUGUGCCUGCGCGUGCAUCUGUGCACGUAUAUCUGUGCCUGCAUGCAUGCGCCUGUGUGCCUUUGCCCAUGCGUCUGUGCCCAUGCACCCGUGCCUGCAGGAAGUGAAGAUUAUCCGCUCACUGAUCCUUGGGGAGAUGGAACGAGGACAGAGCCAGUUACAGGGCUUGUGCUUCAUCACCCGGCUCCAUAGGAACGAGCUGAUCCCCAGCGAGUCCAUGGCCAAAUUGCGACAGAAGAAUGCGCGUGCGGUCCGCAUGGCCGAGGAGCAGCGAGCCCCCCAGCACCUGUACAUGGACGUGGCAGUGAAUUAUAGCAAGGCCUUGCCACUCAGCAUGCACAUCCACAACAUCUGUGCAGAGGCCAGGGACGCCAUUUACACCAGAGAGGCAGACGCCAAGCACUGGAUGGAGAAAGGUCUGGAUGGGUCUAUGUUUGAGAUUCUCCCCCAAGCAUCAGAAGUGACCGAUGUUGAACGCUGCCGGCUGAGUGCUGAUCGCUGGAAGCCGUGUGUGUGUCACUAUUCUCUGUGCAUCGAGUGGUACCCCUGCCUACUCAAGUACUGUAAAACCAGAGAUGAUGUUGGCAAAAUCAGCUCCUACAAAUGCGGCAUCAAAAGCUGCCACCGAUGUUCUCAAUAUGAUUAUUAUGUCCCUCAGAAACAGUUGUGCCUUUGGAUGAAGAGCCCUAAUCCCUGCUGUUUAUUUAUGCCAAACGAAGAAUCUUGA